AUGGCACUGGACAGUAAUAAAGAAAUGAGUUUGGUCUUAUCAAGUGAUGCAAAGCCCAGAUUGAAAUGGACUCAAGAAUUGCACCAAAGAUUUGUUGAUGCCGUUAUUCACCUUGGUGGCCCAGAAAAGGCUACACCAAAAUCUUUGAUGAGAGUCAUGGGCAUUAGUGGGCUCACUUUAAAUAUAGACUGGGAAAAAGCCAACAGUCUCAUAUGUACCAACACCCUAAACAGCAAGGUGCAAAAGCAUCUGCAGCUAAGAAUCGAAGCGCAAGGAAAGUAUCUACAGUCUGUGUUGAAAAAGGCACAAGACACGCUUUCUAAAUACGGUGCUUGCUCGAUUGAGGUGGAACAAGUAAAAGCACAACUUUCCCAGUUAGCGUCGAUGGUCGAUUCAGGAUGUCCAAAUUCGUCAUUUUCAGUGCUAACCGAAAGUGACAGCUCAAUGUUGAAAAACCAAAGAAAAAACAAAUUAUCGUUAGGACAUAAUUACGGUUAUUCGGUCGAGAGUUCUCUUACAUCGUCCGACAGCUCAGAGAGAACGAAACAAAUUCAGACAAAUAAUAUUACUUAUUCCGAGAAAAAUCUGGUCGUGCUACCGCUUAUGGAGAUGCGUACAGCAAAACAAGAAACUAAAAGAAGGAAAAAAUGUGAUGAGUUGAAGGGUUUCGAUUUGAAUUGCAAUGGAGUAGACAGUAGUUGA